CGAUUAGCAAGUGUUUUAGUUUCUUUAAACAAAAUGUUACCGUUUCCGUACUUACGCCGUUCCAAGGCCACCCCGAAUUUGAGAAGGUACCACAGUGCUUUAUUCAAUUUUAUGGCUAAUAAUAAUUUGGAAACCGUGGAAUAUAACGGCGAACGCGUCACCACCCCUCGCAAUCGCCCAACGUUCGUCACGGACCGCGAUUGUGAAGUAUUCUUCCGCGAAAUACCCCGCAACAUCUUCGAGGACGAGCUGAUUCCUUUGUUUGCACGUGUCGGCGCGAUUACGAAAUUUCGCUUGAUGCUGGAUGUUUCCGGAUUUAAUCUCGGAUACGGUUUCGUUACCUACGCGGACGCUAGAUCAGCAGAUGGGGCGGUCGCCAUGAUCCACGAUUACGAGAUACGCUGCAAUCGACAUAUCGUGGUGUACAAGUCGAUCGAUAAUUGUCGAUUAGUUAUGGACGCCGUGCCCGCCGAUAAGACCAACCUGGAGGUUUAUGGCCUGCUCAAGGAGCGCGUGGAUGGAAUUGCCAGGAUCAUCUCGUAUCCGGCCCGAAUUUGCGGAAUUACUAAUCGUAGCUCCAUUUUGAUCGAAUUUGUCAAUCACGCGGCGGCCGCCUUGGCCCUACGGCGGCUUGGUUCCCGCUUCACUUUGUGGGAUAAAGUUGUCUACGUUGAUUGGCUCCAUCCCAUUCCGGAAGUCCCUUGGCAGAUUAUGAGCCAGGUGAAGAAACUCUACAUCCGCAAUUUACCUCUCUACUACAACGAGGCAAACAUACGCGCAUCUGUUUGCAAUAUAAUCAACGGAUCCCUUAUCACGAAGAUACAUUGGAUUAGCAACAAUUUUGCAUGUAUUCACUUCACUAGCAACCAAUCUGCCGAACUCGCCAUGAAUUGGUUGAAUAGCACUGCCAUUUUGGGCGAAGGGGUCGAAAUCAGCUUGGGAAGUCCGCCCAAGUAUUUAAUAUAUCAGCGCAUGGACGCACCGGAACUAACCAUCUCCACGUACGUAGCCCUCGAGUUUCGACAAUGGACAAUCGAUUUUUUCAGCGCCCCUCGGCACGCUAUGAACCCCACGAACGCCUUUGGGUUGCCCGUGCACCUAAUGCGAAGAAUCGUGCAGCAAGGCAGACUGGCCGUGAGCAGAGAAGUUGCGUACAGACCGGCAGGCCUAUAAUCCUAUCUAGUAUCCCAGAGCCAGAGACGGUACAUUUCAGUUUAUUUUUUUGUUAUCGCAUGAUUAAUAAGUCUUAUUUAAUUCCCGUUCAUUUUUUUAUGUCUCAGAAAUGUAUUUUUAGUUUAAUGAUAUUGACAUGGAGGAAGAUCAUUAUUAUUAAUGUA